AUGCGAAAGGGGCACAUGACACUUGCACUCAACGGCAUCGCCGCUCCUCAGGAGAUGCAUCGUCUUAAAAAGAAGGCAUUGAGACAAGCUAAGCUCGAGGAAGGGACGUCAGUUUUAUACGAGAUUAUCUACACCAGAAGGUGGUUUAAAGAGGUCAGGGCACGCGUACCGCGUAACGUCAGAGAUGUGAAGAUCAAAGAGAUCCUCAGUCAUAAGAAGAAGCAUUGCCAGUCUCUUUUACAAUUUAAGAAUCAGGCGGACUGGUGGUGUAAGGCUGAUCAUCGUGUCUACCUUGACUCGGCUGUAUCGCUCAGUCAACGAUAUGCGUUGCAUCGUGAGCUUCAGGAACAGAAUAAGCUUCUUCCUGAGUGGCAGCUAGCCGUGAAAAUGCCCUCUUUUUAUGACACUACAGUCAUUGCAGAGGCUCUUAGGUUCAUCGUAUUAGAUGAGCAAGAAAGGCGUGCAAAUAAAGCUCUGAUGUUGAGCUAUGAGGCUGACGGGCUAGAGAUAAUAGAGGAAAUUGAGGGCGAGAAUGGCUCGGAGGAAUUUAUCAUAAUCAAGGGCGAAGACAGCGAGAGAGAUCUGAAAUUAUCAUAG